AUGAGACCACCGAACCCGACCCACCCCAACCCGUACGGACCGACCGACCGACCGACCGACCGACCGACCGACCGACCGACCGACCGACCGACCGACCGACCGACCGACCGACCGACCGACCGACCGACCGACCGACCGACCGACCGACCGACCGACCGACCGACCGACCGACCGACCGACCGACCGACCGACCGACCGACCGACCGACCGACCGACCGACCGACCGACCGACCGACCGACCGACCGACCGACCGACCGACCGACCGACCGACCGACCGACCGACCAACCAACCGACCGACCAACCAACCGACCGACCAACCAACCGACCGACCAACCAACCAACCGACCAACCAACCAACCGACCAACCAACCAACCGACCAACCAACCAACCGACCAACCAACCGACCAACCAACCGACCAACCAACCGACCAACCAACCGACCAACCAACCGACCAACCAACCGACCAACCAACCGACCAACCAACCGACCAACCAACCGACCAACCAACCGACCAACCAACCGACCAACCAACCGACCAACCAACCGACCAACCAACCGACCAACCAACCGACCAACCAACCGACCAACCAACCGACCAACCAACCGACCGACCAACCAACCGACCAACCGACCAACCAACCGACCAACCAACCGACCAACCAACCGACCAACCAACCGACCAACCAACCGACCAACCAACCGACCAACCAACCGACCAACCAACCGACCAACCAACCGACCAACCAACCGACCAACCAACCGACCAACCAACCGACCAACCAACCGACCAACCAACCGACCGACCAACCGACCAACCAACCGACCGACCAACCGACCAACCAACCGACCAACCAACCGACCAACCAACCGACCAACCAACCGACCAACCAACCGACCAACCAACCGACCAACCAACCGACCAACCAACCGACCAACCAACCGACCAACCAACCGACCAACCAACCGACCAACCAACCGACCAACCAACCGACCAACCAACCGACCAACCAACCGACCAACCAACCGACCAACCAACCGACCAACCAACCAACCGACCAACCGACCAACCAACCAACCAACCAACCAACCAACCAACCAACCAACCAACCAACCAACCAACCGAACAACCGACCAACCAACCGACCAACCGACCAACCGACCAACCGACCAACCGACCAACCGACCAACCAACCGAACAACCGACCGACCAACCAACCGAACAACCGACGGGGCAGCAGAGUACAGCAGCCACGGACGCCCCCGGCCACCCCCGCUGCCCGGGCAGUCCAGUUCAAGGCCGCCGGGGUGAACGGCCGCAGGCGCGGGGGUGGCCACCCCCACCCCCACUGGGCGCGCCGUCGGCCAUCGAUCACAGCCACCCCCUGCCUGCAGCCUGCCGGCCCUGCACCCCCACCCCCACCCCCUGA